UGACGGCUGACCUGAUAACAGCGUCUCAGGACCGCCUAUACCGUUUGAUAGGGUUAGUUGAGCCAGAAAACACAAAGCUAUCCUCGGUAUGUUGAACCGUUUUGUUUAGGACAUCCAGUUCAGAAUCCCUCACAAACUUUAUAACUUUAACGAACUGUCUUAAGUUGCUCCUGCAAGUUACAGUGCUUCCUCAAAAGACACCAUUUUGAUCGUUUGAACAUUCAACACAUACCAAGGCACGAUGAAUUUGGAGGAAUACUUCAAAAGAAUUGGUCUUCAAGGCUCUUUUGAUAAACCGGAUCUCGAAACACUGAAGCUGAUCCACAAACAGCACGUCAUGUCCGUUCCUUUUGAAAACCUCAGCAUGCACUGUGGAGAGCGGCACAUCCUGGACCUGGAGUUCACGUUCAACAAGAUAGUGAGGAGCGGCCGGGGGGGCUGGUGCCUCGAGAACAACUCCCUGUUUGGAUGGGUGCUGAGAGAAAUGGGUUACGACACUACCAGGUUGUCCUCCAGAGUUUUCAACAGUAGCACAAAUGAAUUUUACCCCACCGAUAGUCAUCUCAUCCACAAAGUCGUCGUUGAUGGAAAGGCUUAUAUAGCAGAUGUGGCCUUUGGGGUUUCUUUCCAGAUUUCGGAGCCCAUGGAGCUCGUCUCUGGAAAGGAUCAGCAUCAGGCGGCGGGCGUCUUUCGCUUCUUAGACAAGGGAGACAAGUGGGUUCUGGAGAAGACGAGCAGAAAGACGAAGGUUCUCAAUCCAGACUUUGCUGAUUCUAGUCUUGUGAAGAGGCAGGAGACGAGGGCGAUAUACUGCUUUACCUUGGAGCCUCGAGAGGUUGAGCAUUUCUACGAAGCAAACAACACACUUCAGACGGAUCCUAAAUCGCUGUUCAUGAAUAAAUCCAUCGUGUCUCUGCAAACAGCGACAGGAUUCAGAGCGCUUGUGGGCUGGACCUACAGCGAGGUCACCUUCAAACCAGAGGAAGGUGUCGAUGUCUUCGACCUGAUAAACAUAGAAGAUGAGGAGAAAGAGCAAGUUCUUCUGGAGAAGUUCAAUAUAAAGCUGCAGAAGAAACUGCAGAUUGUAAGCAACAAAACCUGCUACACACUCUAAAACAGUGGUUCUCAACUGGUCAGGCCUCGGGACCCACUUUUUCCUUUCUCAAUAAAU